GAUGAGCUGCACUACCUGAGCCACUUGUGUGGGUUGUAGACUCCGUCUCAUGCUACCACUAGAGUGAAAGCACCGCCAGCAUUCAAAAGUGACCAAAACAUCAACCAGGAAGCAUAGGAACUGAGAAGUGGUCUGUGGUCACCACCUGCAGAACCACUCCUUUAUUGGGGGUGUCUUGCUAAUUGCCUAUAAUUUCCACCUGUUGUCUAUUCCAUUUGCACAACAGCAUGUGAAAUUUAUUGUCAAUCAGUGUUGCUUCCUAAGUGAACAGUUUGAUUUCACAGAAGUGUGAUUGACUUGGAGUUACAUUGUGUUGUUUAAGUGUUCCCUUAAUUUUUUUUGAGCAGUGUACAUCCUUGGGUUAGCUUAAAGUUUUUGUUCAAGAAGUUAACUUUUUUUCAGACCAAAUCCUAUAUAUAGUUCUAUCUGUUAGACAGUCCUAUAGAGCAGACAGGGUUGUAUCGGAAAGGAAAAAAAGACUACAAUAUUUCAAUAUCACAAGCUACGCUUCUAUCCAAUUUGUGACAGGUUUUCAUGUGAAUAUUCUACAAUCAGCGUAAAUACAAUAUUUAUGCUGAUUGCGUUUCCAUCAAAUUGACUUGAGGAUGAAAGUCUGUGCGUGAUGCCAUAGUGCACAUAAAAAUUACUUCCAGUUGAAUUCCCAUGUACCAAAUAAAAAAUACUAGUUAAAUGGGUUUUCAUUGCAUUUUCAACUCCGAUGGUUUUGUCAGAAAUGUUGCGUUAUAUAGCGCAUGUUUCUUCUCUGAUCUUGCCACAUGCGCUCUAGCCAACAGCUGGCAGAUACGGUGCAGGUAUAGCCUGCCUACGAGAUGACAUUAUGGACAAAAGAGCGAGCUUAUUUUAAUUCGUCCAAAAGUAGCCAAGCAUAUUGGGAAGUAGCAUUAAGUUCAUCACCUUGCACUUUCACCAAACCGAUGAAGUUCAUGAUUUAUUUAAUCUGUAGCCGAAUAAAAUGCUUUCCCAAGUCAUAGUGGGGGACCACAUGUCAAUUUUGCUUCAAUGUGACGGUUGUUAUAUCAAUAUUUGCACUUAAGUAUUUCUCUUCCAUUUCACCCAUAGUUAAUUUUACAGACACAAGGUCCCACCCUGUCUAGUGUGUUUUGUUGACAGUUUAUGACAAAUUUGCUGUUUCAAUCAGGCCUGUCCUGACUUAAUUUUUUAUCCGUCAUGCACUUUAGGGUGCAUUAAGAUUAGAUGGAAACCUGAGACUUGUGAUCUGUGUGCAACACAAGGGAAGUUUUAGAACUGUGUGACGUGUCUCGACUGAAACUAUGGGAUAGCGCUCACUGACUGUACUUUUCCCAAGUGCAUCAGUGUUUGUUGUGCUAACAGCCUUGGUGCACUUCAGCCGGAUGUGCAGUCAUCCUUGCCAACACCCUGUAGUGAUCCUUAGCCCCUUUCUGACAAUUUAGGAUUUAGUAAGGCAAUGGGUACUUGUAUGAAAGAUGUUUUCAACUUCCAAUUGAUAUGCUCCCAACAGGGAUUUAUUAUGAGGCUUGAAGUAGUUGAAUCCCCUUUGGGGUCUUUGAAGAUCUUCAAGGAACUUCAUAAACAUAAUAAAAAGAUAUGUCUGGGACAUUAAUCCAACUACACUCGACUACACCAACGAUACUCGAUUAUCAUGAGUGCAAUUUGAGUCUGAAGACCAGAACAAGAUGCUUUCAAAUCAAGAUAUAUCUUGAUUUAACACUUUACUUAGUUUUGAGGAUUAUUCAGAAAUAUCGAUGAAACCAAAGCGGUUUGCCUUCUUCCACACAAAUGACUUUCAUUACUUCGCUGCUAAUGACAAUCGGGCCUCAUACAUUAAAGUAAUUUAAUGUAGACAACUGCAUAGUGUUUUUUUUUGAAUUACAGAAAUUAACAUCGUUAGAUGCCCUUGUCAAUCAUGCACAUUCAUGCUGCAAUUCUGAAAUGCUAUGUUUUGGCAUGAAUAAAUAGCCAGUGUCUACCGCCAGCCACCUGGGGUGAAAGUUUCCAUUGCGUUCUGGCAGGCUGUGCCAUCUCUGCAGCCUUUAGCUCCUAUCCAUCUGUUCAUGUAAAAUACUCUGCCAGUGAUGAAAAUCACAAACAAUAUAACAUGCAUUACAUUACCUUCCCUGAAAUGAAUAACAAUGUUUUUGUUUGCAUGCAGUUUUAAUUUCACAUUUUGUGUGUGUUACGAGAGAAGCAGACACUGAUGGGUUUAUAAAUAUGCAUAGAUUUACAAGUAUGUAUAUCUGAUCUUUCGUAGGAUCAGUUUUUUUUCCUAUUCUCCAUCUCAUUUGUAGGCUUAUUCAGACACACCUGAGGAUGUUGGAACUCCUCCAGUUAGGGUGGGGAUUGUGAAGAGACCGCAGGACAGAGCUAGAAGAAACCGUUUGAGUAAAGAGAGCGAUCGAAAGCGACAAUGUUUUUACUUUCAGUGACGAGAGAAUGAAUAUAGCAGACAGAGUGAUAUGUGGAAAGGGACGCAUGGCCAACCCAAAGCUCAUCACCCUGGCCUUCUCUCAGACAGAGUCCAUGAGGAAAGGAGGAGGAAAGAGGAGGAUGUUCUCCUUUUCACUCCGUUGUCGGCUCGGGAUCAUCAGAGGGAGGACCAAAGAUGAUGGGCCAUACUCUAAGGGCAGCAAGGACUCUGGAGGGACCGACCAUGCCCUUACCUCCAGGAGACGCAGUAUUAAAGAGGACUACUGGGGCGUGACCACGUUGGACCUGAUAAAAAGGGAGGGCAGCAGCCUGGGCCUCACCAUCUCCGGGGGGUCCGAUAAGGACGGCAAGCCCAGAGUGUCAAACCUGCGGCCAGGUGGGCUAGCUGCCAGGAGUGACCAGCUGAAUGUGGGAGACUACAUCAAGUCAGUGAACGGCAUCAAUCUGUCCAAGCUCCGCCACGAUGAGAUCAUCAGCCUGCUGAAGAACAUAGGAGAGCGUGUGGUUCUGGAAGUGGAUUACGAACUACCUCCUUUUGUCCAGAACACUCCUACAGGUGUUAUAGCUAAGACUAUAGAGGUGUGCCUAUACAAGGAGGGCAACAGCUUUGGAUUCGUCAUGAGAGGAGGGUUCCAUGAAGACUGGCACAGGUCUCGUCCUCUGGUAGUGACCUACGUACGGCCCGGGGGUCCAGCUGAUAGAGAGGGCACACUGAAGGCUGGUGACCGUGUGCUGAGCAUAGGCGGGAUGCCCUUAAACCGAGAGAAGCAUGCUGACGCUCUGACUAUGCUGAUGCAGUGUAGCCAGGAAGCCCUGUUCCUGAUUGAGUAUGAUGUCUCCCUCAUGGAGUCAGUGCAGCAGGCCUCUGGCCCCCUACUGGUGGAGAUAGUGAAGUGUCCUGCAGCCAGUCUGGGUGUCAGCCUGGCUACUGCUGUGUACAGGAACAAACAGGUCAUCGUCAUCGACAAGAUCAAACAAGCCAGUGUGGUGGAAAGGUGUGGGGCAUUGCAUAUAGGUGAUCUCAUCCUGUCUAUAGAUGGGACCAGCACUGAGCACUGUUCCCUGAUGGAGGCCACACAGCUAUUGGCCCAAACCUCUGACAUUGUCAAAUUGGAGAUCCUUCCAGCCAAUCAGAGCAGACUUCACAUGAAACCCCAAGACACAGUGAAAGUACAGAAAAGCAACCUUCACCACUGGGAGCCCACUGCCAACUACAGCCACACCCAACACUGCAAGACAUGGAGCAGUCCCAGCCACCAGCUCAACCAGCAGGACCACUGCAAACCUCUGGUGUGUGGUGGCUUCUCCCCUUCCUCUACAGCCACCUCAGGGUACAGCAGCAGUCAGGGCAGCAGCACCCUGCCCUGCGCCAUCCCCCCCGUCGCCCCGACAAGCCCCCAUAGCACUACACACAAGAGAUGCCAGCGGAGUAAGGAGCACAAGAGCUCGUUGUCCCUAGCAUCCAGCUCAGUGGGCCCUGGGGGUAAGGUUGUUCACGUGGAGACCAGCGACGUCGUCCUGAGGGGGGAUCCACUCCUAGGGUUUGGGGUUCAGCUGCAGGGGGGUGUCUUUGCCACAGAGACCCUGUCCGCUCCCCCAGUCAUCCGUUUCAUCGAGCCCGACAGCCCUGCCGAAAGAUGUGGGCUUCUGCAGGUGGGGGACAGGCUCCUGUUAAUCAACAGAAUCCCUACAGAGGAUGGAACACUGGAGGAAGCCAAUCAACUACUGCGAAAUGCCGCUUUGGCCAAUAAGGUCACUCUGGAGGUCGAGUUUGAUGUAGCAGAAUCAGUGGUUCCAAGUAGUGGAACGUUCCAUGUGAAACUGCCCAAGAGGAGGGGAGUAGAACUUGGCAUCACAAUCAGUGCAAGCAAGAGACCCGAAAAAGCUCUCAUCAUCUCUGACAUCAGAAAAGGAAGCAUAGCCCACAGGACAGGCACGUUGGAGCCAGGGGACAGGCUGCUGGCCAUCGACAACGUGCGUCUGGAGAACUGCACCAUGGAGGACGCCAUGCACGUGCUGCAGCAGGCAGAGGACAUGGUCAAGCUCCGGAUCCAGAAGGAUGAGGAUAACGCUGAUGAGCUGGAGAUGUCUGGUUCCAUUAUCUACACAGUGGAGCUGAAGCGUUACAACGGCCCGCUGGGUAUUACCAUCUCAGGCACAGAGGAGCCUUUUGACCCUAUCGUCAUCUCAGGCCUCACCAAGAAGGGCCUGGCUGAAAGGACUGGUGCCAUCCAUAUAGGGGACCGUGUCCUGGCCAUCAACUGUGUGAGUCUGAAGGGGAAACCCCUGAGUGAGGCCAUCCAUCUUCUGCAAAUGGCCGGAGAGACUGUCACCCUUAAGAUCAAGAAACGCCAAGACGAAUCGGAUGGGCAGCAGAUGUCGGAACAGGCAGCAUUCCUGAGCGACACAGAGGAUGAACUGACUGACUCCCAGAAGACCAGUAAACACUCAGGGGUGUACUCUGCCACCGGGCCCAGCGUGUACUCUGCCAUGAGCUCCUGGGACGGCUCCGGCAUUGACACUGGCUACGGCAGCCAGGGAACGUAUCUCCACAGAGCUGCAGAUUUGACCUUCCAGCCUAAGGAGUGGAGACACACCAAACCGACCAGGACUCACCUCACCUCCACUGGCCAUACCGCCCUUACCGACCACUCCCACCUCUACGAUGGGAGAUACGAUGAGGAUGACUGGGAUAAGGCUGCUGGAUACGCCAGACCCCCUCGUUGCCAUGGCACCCUGAACCAGGAGGACACCUUCUGGUCUCAGGCCCUGCAGGACCUAGAGACCUGCGGCCAAUCAGAGAUACUCAGGGAGCUGGAGGCGUCCAUGACAGGCAGCACUCUUAGCCUGUAUCUGGCGUCCCAGGAAGACUCAGUGCUACAGAGCAGAAUCAGUCCUGUGAAGAGGGGUCCCAUCCAUGACGAGCCCAAAACCAAAGGCAACCUGCAGAGGUCCAACAGGACCAGGGACACACCCCCCAGAGGGAGAGGAGAGGCCCAGGAGACCACUUCCCCUACAGCCCUGGAACUACUGAAGGUGACCCUGAGGAGGGACCCAGACUGUGGAGACUUUGGCUUCAGUGUGUCAGACGGCUUCCUGGAGAAAGGCAUCUACGUCAACAUGAUCCGACCAGAUGGUCCUGCCAACCAGGCCGGGUUGAAACCCUAUGACCGCAUUCUGCAGGAGACAGCUUGGACCUGGUCAUCAGGAGAAACUCCCUGGCACAGGCAGAUAAUGGGCCACCUCAGGACUGCGAGGACCCUUCUGACUCCCUGUUCAGCUUCCUACAUUAUAGGACCAAUAGUAUCACCCUGUGACAAAGGUCCAGGGGGGAGGUAAUGGAUAAUAGCACGUUCAAAUGGUGUUACACAUUAUACCAUGUGGCACGUAGGCACUGCACGUCUCACACACUGGUUUUGUUUUGUUAUAUCUCUUGUACAUACACACAGAAUCACAUUCACAUGUGAGAAUACAUGUGUACGUGAAUAAACACACAAUCAGUCACUAAUUCACACUCCCACACACAUACGUUUGCUGUGACCAGUGUUGGUCAGUGUAUUCAUGUGAUCUAGAGCAGAGAAGGCUCAGUCAGGCAGAACCACAUGUAGUUACGUAACAGCUUCUGACUCAGCCUGCUCAACUCUACAGAAAUCCCAGAGAAACAUAAACACACACUUCCCUCUCAGAGAAGGUGUGUUCGGGGAUACAGCACCACCACAGUGUGGUGAAAUGUGUGCAAUUGUGACCCUCUGUGACCUCUUGCUGGGGAAUGGUGGAGUUGCACGUACACACACAUUUGACACAGGAAUGUGCGCACAUGUGGGUGUUCGAGGAGUCCAGGCAUGCUGUGCUGGACUAUUAUUUUAGCCAUGUCUUGGCUGGCUGCCCUUUCCUUCCCUUCAGCCCGGCCUGGCCAGCCAGCCCCCCUCACUGUUAGCGCCACAACAUAGGUAGAAUGCUAAGCUGGCAUUCACUGUUACUUGCUAAGUCUUGCAAACAUUUCUAUUUUAGAUACCCCACUCUCUGUCCUAAAGUCUAAAAUGUUUGUGAAAAUUGAUUUGGGUCCAAGUUAUAUGGCCGUCAAGUGAAGACAAAUACUUACCAAGGCCUUUUUAUCACACCUUCAUUGUUGCAGAAUGUAUCUUUCUCUUGUUACAUUUCCCACACCGUGUUAUUAGCUACUGGAUAGACUGAGCAGACAUUUGUCAUGUCAUUCAUUACUUUUUGGGAUCAGCGUUUUUGUUUCAAGGUUCUUGUCAAUGGUUUUACGUAAUCAAGUUCACAAUAUUUCUGAAACCAAACCACACACCGUUUUUGCUUGUAUGCACUAGUAGGUCACCUAAAUCAGAUCCAUGCACUAGAAUUGACAUGCUUUAUCACUCAAUAUUUAAAUGUAUUAUACAACUAAUGGUGAUAAUGUCACAUCCUUUGUUUUGAAAAGCUGUGUCACACUCUAAAGGAGUGUUCCUUGUCAUUAAAACAUAGUAUUCUGAUUAUGUUCCGGGAGCUCACUUUUCUCCUACACCUCUUUAAAAUUGUACCCUCAAUAUCAGCAUAUCUUGUGAGGCCAGGUGUUUUUCCUGACUAGAAAAACCUAAUGGUCCUAGUCCUAUGCAAACAUGUUUCAGAAGUCAUUACACCAGAGGUACUUACAGUACAGUAUCAACUCUCAGGAGUACAGUAUCAACUCUCAGGUGUACAGUAUCAACUCUCAGGAGUACAGUGGUUUCUCUACAAAAACCCUCAUAAGUAAAUCACAUCCCCUGACAAAUGUGGAACGAAAUACCUUUCAGUUGAGAUGAUGAAUGAUUUCACUUUAACCUUUUUAAACCCAUUUUAAUGUAUCUGUUGAGUUUUAGCCCUCAACUCUCCAUAGGGUAUGGACUUGGAUUAGAGAGUAUUUUCCCCAGCUUCCAUGGCUGUUUCUCCCUCCCAUCCUAGUAAGCAUAAACAUGUAGCUAUAGGAUUUAAUGUCCCACCCAUAGAAAGCUUGCAUUGUUCACAAGGGGGAAUUUUAGAGCUUUUCUGUGCUGAACAAUUGCCAUCUCUGUCCUGCUCAGUCAGACAACCUUCCCAAGAGCUGUUCACAUUUUCUCAUGACAUUAUGUUUUUAUAAAGCUCUUAUGUAACACCUCUCGCCCUGGCCUGCUUACCAAGUUGCCUCAGUGGAAAUACGAUUUGUUUCAUGUCAUGUAAUGGCUGGGGAAGAGAUGUGAGACUGCACAGUCAUGCUGUCCCGUUCAGGACUCGACUCACUGCUUUUUAAUCCUCAGAGAGGAAACAUGUUUUAAGAAUGUUUUUAUGUUGCUCUCAAACUGUCAUACAUUUGAUUCAGAGACCUAUUUUUGGUUCUAUUCGUUUUAUUUGAGGGGGUUCUGAAUUUUAUUCAGUAAAGUCUGUACAACAUGGUCUCCCUUCCUAAGUACAGUGUUUUUAUUUGAACUGACGUUCUGCAUGUGUGGUUUUGUAUGUAAGAUGUGACUGAGUGCAGUAUCUGUUUUCUGUACAGUUCUUCUGUUUACAUUGUCCCACAGCUGCAUCCAAGCAUAGCUAUUUAAGUGGUGGUGGGGGGGCUGAAGGAAAUUGGUUUGUAAGAUGUUAUUGGAUUCUUUAGUGAGAGAUGUAUUUCCUGCUUUUUAUUAAAAUAAGGAUCUGAGGAA